AUGGCUACCAAAUUUCUUGUUCGCUUUGGUGCCUUACUUGUGUUCCUUGUAUGUUCCUAUGUUCCAAGGAACGCUAAUUCAGUUGAACUUGGCUCUAGUAUUGUGGCUGGCACCAAUUCAUCUUGGCGAUCAUCUUCUGGUGACUAUGCUUUUGGGUUCUAUCACCUUCCUAGGGGCCACUAUCUUGUUGGAGUUUGGUUCGACAAGAUUCAACAAAGGACACUGGCUUGGUCUGCAAACCGUGACAAUCCAGUUGAAAUUGGAUCAACCAUCAAUCUUACACAAAGUGGCCAACUUUUGGUCCAACAUGUCAAUGGGUCUUCAUUUCCUAUCUACAAUGGAACAAACACAGCUUCUGCGGUGAUGCAGAAUGAUGGGAAUUUCAUCUUGAGGAAUUCACUUUCCAACAUGAUAUGGCAGAGCUUUGAUUCACCCACAGAUACACUCCUAUUAGGCCAAACUUUGAGUAUGGGUCACAAGCUCUACUCCAAUGCCAUUGAAUUGGAGGACUACUCAAAAGGACAAUACAGUUUGGAGAUCCAAAAAUCUGAUGGCAACAUAGUUCUAAAAGCUUAUCGAUACACUAAUGCUGCUUAUUGGUUCAGUGGAAUUAUCCCUUACACAGAUGUGAGAAUUAUUUUUAACAAAACAACAUCUUUUCUUUACGCGGUGAAUGGAACCUCCCAAAUUAUAUAUAACAUGACAACUGAAGCAGUAGGUGCAAUAGAAGAUUAUUAUCAUCGUAAAAAUGGCAAUGAGUGGACGCCUGCGUGGAAGGCUGUACAACAGCCCUGCAAGGUGACUGCUCUUUGUGGGGUGUAUGGCUUUUGCAAUUCAUCUGGCAACACUUUCAAUUGUGAAUGCUUCCCUGGCUAUACACCUUUGGAUCCAAGUGCACCUUCCAAAGGGUGCUAUUUCAAAGAGGAGGACUCUAUAAUGGAAGUGGAAGUAAAAGAAAUUCCAGAUGCUGAUAUACCAAACGGUGAUUAUUUUUUUCUUGAUCUACAAGUCAUAAAUAAUUCGGAUUUGGAAAGCUGCAAGAGGGCACUGAUGGAUGACAAUUUCUCCAUGGCUGCUGUUUUAGAUGGCUCUGCUUGUCAUAAGAAAAAGUGGCCUAUUAUAAAUGCUAGAAGAAUCAGCUCUGAGACAAGUAAUCUUGUGACACUGAUUAAAGUUCCUCGGGUUGUCAUGCACAAUGGAAAGGAUUCACCAUCUUGGGUUGUUUUGCUGGGGGCUCUCAUCUCUUGCUCCCUUCUUGCUGCUUUGUUUGCAGCUACUGCCAUCUAUCAUCACCCUGUUUAUGGGCAUCUUAUACACAAAAGGGAACCACCAAAGCCAAAGCCAAUGGAUAUCAAUCUAAAGGCAUUCUCAUUCCAACAGCUUAGAGAAGCAACAAAUGGAUUCAAGGACAAACUUGGCCGAGGUGCCUAUGGUACAGUGUAUAUUAUUGCUUUGACUCAUCAUAGAAAUCUUGUUGCUUUAUUGGGCUUUUGCAAUGAGCAGAAUCAUCGGCUUCUGGUUUAUGAGAAUAUGAAAAAUGGGACACUAUCCAACUUCCUUUUUGGAGGAGGGGAUAAACCCAGCUGGGAAUGUAGAGUAAGAAUUGUGCUUGAAAUUGCAAGAGGCUUGUUAUAUCUGCAUGAAGAGUGUGACCACCAAAUCAUCCAUUGUGACAUAAAGCCUCAGAAUGUUCUUCUUGACUCGAAUUACACUGCAAAGAUUGCGGAUUUCGGUCUGGCAAAGCUACUGAUGAAAGAUAAAACUGGAACAAGCACCUAUGCUAGAGGGACCAUGGGAUAUAUGGCACCAGAAUGGCUCAAAAAUGCACCGGUCACUGCUAAGGUGGAUAUCUACAGCUUUGGCGUUUUGUUGUUGGAAAUCAUAUUUUGCAGACAGCAUAUGGAGUUGCAUCAAGUUGAGGAUGGAACAACGGGUGAUGACAUAGUACUCAUUGAUUGGGUUCAAUAUCUGGCAAAAGAAAACAGUUUAAGAAUAGUAGUGAUUCAUGAUGCUGAAGUUGAAAGUGAUUUCAAGAGGUUUGAAAGAAUGGCAAUGGUUGGAUUAUGGUGCGUGAGUCCCAAUCCAACUUUUCGACCAUCUAUGAAAAAGGUGGUAGAGAUGUUGGAAGGAACUAUAGAAGUGGGUGUUCCACCACUUAGCUGA